AUGGGAUACGCGCGAAGGCAUGGGGUCGUUUUUCUGCUUGUACUAAGCAUUAGUCUGCCGGAACUGUCACUGCUAGUGGCGGGCCGCAUCGUCGGCGAUAAUGGGGCCGGCACGAACGUUUUGUACACCGACGUACCGCCAUUGCUGACACAGGGUGUCGAUCAAACGACACCGAUGCAUACGGCCGUAGGUGAGCCACCGGUUGCGGACGGCGCAGGGAGUGCUAUUAAACUGCCGGGCGCUAACCAUCAUCCACCGGGCAGUGACAGUAAUGGGGCCACGGAAUCAUCCGCUACCGUACCGAUGGCGUCGAGCAGUUCGCCUGUGUCUGUUUCGGUGCCGAUCGGUGGCUCUGUUAACUUAAGCGGUGGUGGUUCACCCACUAGCACCAGCAGCACCAUCGCGGCCACAACCUCAUCUACCGUGGCACCGACCACAACUUCCAGCACCUCAAGCAGCAGCACCACCACACCGUCGUCCACCACAACGACUCCAAACGGUACAAUGGCCGGUGUGGGCGUUGCACCGGUCGCGGCAACAUCGAGCAAUGCGCGCACCACCGCCCCAACCACACCACCGAUCGAAUGCUACCACGCACAGCCGGAACUGUGCGCCGAACGAAAGGCAAGCGACUGCGAGUGUAGCGUGGAUCCGGUCGUGCCGGCCGCACUGUACUGCUGCAAUGUAACGGACAUCAAUAAGGCGAUCGGAUGCGUGACGAAUGCACCGGAAACGGCCAACUGGAAGUAUCUGCACAUGCGCAACGUAACGGUGCGCGAGCUCGCGCUGAACGUGUCGAACCGGUACAUCAAAACGCUUCUUUCGCUCGCCAUUACGGACGGUACGAUACAGCGCAUCAGUACGUCGUUUGCCCGCUUUUCGUCCCCGGUGUGCCUGAACAUGUCUAACAACAAUAUCAGCGAGAUUGAGCCGCGUGCGUUCCGCGAGCUGCGCAAUCUUACCAUGCUCGAUCUGUCGUACAACAAUCUCUCCACCAUACCGUCCACUAAUGGGAAGUUUCGGCUCGAUAUACGCGGUAACGUUGGUAUGCUGUGCAAGUCGCUGCUCGAAUCGCUCAAGAGUGGCGUCAAGUUUAAGGAUCCCGAAUCAACCUUCUGUCUCACGAACCGUACGUUUAACUGGUUCAAUUCGACGGACAGCCUGCCACUGCAUCAGCUCGAAACGAUACAGCGCGUGCAGGACGAGUGCCCAGAGAACUGCACCUGUGAGCUGGAUCGGUUAAAUUUCGAUCUGAACAAUACCGAGCGUAAAACGAUUACGACGCGCGUCGCGUGCACCGGGCUCGGGUUGACUAAGUUCCCUGAUCGUUUGCCGGCCGGCACGGUAACGCUGAACAUCUCUAACAACAAUAUUACCAGCCUCGAGGCAUUAAAUACACCCCCGUACCAAUCGCUGCUGCGUUUGCACGCAGACGACAAUCAAAUUAGCUCGCUGAGCGAUCUGGAGGGGAUGGACUUUAUAUCCCGCUUUACACUGUUUUCGAUCCGGCGCAACAAGCUGAAAACCGUCCAAUCGUACAUCUUCACCAAAUCGCUCGAUCUCGGCUCGUACAUCUUUCUCGAGGGCAAUCCGAUGACGUGCGACUGUAACGCGGCGAAGGGUUUCAAAAAUUGGCUGCUCAGCCGCAAGGCGCAGGUGCCCGAUCAUGAAAAUAUUUUCUGCGAGGGCAACACCAACCUGCCACAGCUGGUCACGAUACAGGAGAGUAAGCUGUGCCAGUCGCAGCAUGACUGGACCGACUACAUCUACUAUCUGAUUGCGACCGAGAUUAUGCUGCUGGUCGCGCUCGUCUGUAAGGUUUCGUACGAUUAUUGGGUGUUUAAGACGGCCGGCUAUUUACCGUGGCCGGCCAACAAAAUGCCCAAACUACCGUGCGAUUGUUUGUGCGAGUAGUGU